AUGCAACCAAACCACUUUUACCCCAACAAUAAUGCAGGUUUUGGUUUUCAUCACCAACCACCAAUUCCAAUUCCAUCAUCAUCUGGUAUGAUUUAUAAUCCACAACCUGUGGCUUCUCUUCACAAUGACCUUCCGACAUCAUCACUGAUGGUCAAUCAUUCUCCUCGUAAUGUAUCACCUCCACCUUCUUCCAUUCCGAAUCAUGCUCAUCAAUUUAAUUCUUUAUCAUCACCUCAUCCGAUAUCGAUCAAUUUAAAACAAUCAUCAGAGACAAUAAUGAUGGACAGUAUUAAACUAAACCAAUAUGAAAAUACAAUUUAUUUAAACCAAUUGAGUUAUUCAAAAGACUUUGAAAUACAUCGGAGGAAAAUUACAAGUGAUCUGGAACAAAUCAAACUCUUAAAUUCAGAAGUGACCCAACUCAAGUCUCAAAUUAAAACCCUAAACGAGAAACGAAAGGAAUUUCUCAAAUCGCUCUAUGGAAAUCAUUCAAUCAUGAAUGAUGAUGACGAGGAGGACGAAGAUGAAUUGGAUAUGGAAACUCUAUUGAUGGAAUAUGAAUAUAAUGUAAAUAAUGACAUGUACACUCCCCAUUACCUACCUAAAUCAAUACCUCAAACCUUAUUGAAUAACAAUAUAAUGACGAGUAAUCAGAGCAAUGCUAAUACUAUGAUUAAUAAUAAUGGCACAGCUGGUAAUAGUAAUGGUCACCAAAUACCAAAUAAUGUAAAUAUGAAUCAUCAACAUCCUCCUCCUCAUAUCCAUUCGAAUUAUCAAUCAUCAUCUUCACAUUUAAAUUCAAAGUCAUUGAGUGCUGUUCCAACUAUAUCAACAACAGCAAAUAAGAUAUCACAGAUAGAAGAAUUAGAACAAGUAGAGCAAAGAGAAAUUUCUAGUACCAAUCACCCCCACCAUUGGAAUCAUCCUCCUCCUGUUAAUAAUACCACAUCCACUGCUCAACAAACAAUAGCCAGUACAACUAAUACACCUAGGAAACAACAUAAUCAACAACAAACACCCUCAAAUAUCAUACCACCUCAACAGCACGAUGAUGCUACAAGUGUCUUUACCACAACCAGUAAUAAUUCCAAUAACUUUAGAGUUACUACACCAUCCAAAUCAAAACCUACAGCAACAACAACACCAUCUGCCAACAAUACCUCCAAGCAUAACCAAAGUUUGAAUGAAUCUAGGAUGGAUGAUAAUGUUUCUACAAUCUCACUAAAUACAUCAAGAACAAGCAUUAACAAAUCUAAGAAUAAGACUAAUCUUAUUGUUGAAUCAAAGAAGAGGAAGGAAAUUGUGGAUAUUGAUGAUAGUGAUGACGAAGAUGCCAAGUUUUCUCUAUUCAAGAGUCCUAAAAAACCAAAACAAGAUAAAACAGUUAAGGAACUCAUAAAACUCAAAAAGAGACAAGAAAUUGAAAAACAAAAGAAAUUACAUUUGAUGAAUAGAUUCGAUGAUAGGGAAUAUAUCGUCAUUACAAAUAAUUCAACACCACCCCAAGUUGAAAAGAUUGAAUUAAAAGCUGAACAAGAAUCAACUCCAAAAUCAAAGCAAACACCAACAGAAGAGGAAAUUGAAGAAGAGGUUAUCAAGUCACCAACUAUUCACCAACAGGUAGUGAACUUGGUCGAAGAGGAAAACUCUAUUGGAGACGACAUUCUCUACUACUCCCUCCUGAGUGGUUGUGUGAAAAAAGAUGAGCCUAAUAAUGAUGUCAUCCAACCUUCCGAAAAGAAAAAGUCAAGCUCACCACCUCAUGCCAAUUAUAAUGGUGGUGGGGUUAGCUCAUCAAAUCAUUCCAAUGAAAAAACAACUAAGAAUGUUGCUGUAAAUAUUCCACCCCAAAAAGAUAGUGAACUAAGCCAGUCCGAAAGUUCUAGCAGUGAGGAAGAUGAUACCUAUGGAAAGUAUUUCAAAUCAACUAGGAAAAAGAAAAAAUCUAAAAAACCAGGCAUUGAAUGUGAAGACUGCAGAGAAUUCUAUUCAGCAUGCUUUCCUGAUGACGAGGAGAAAAGAAAUCGAAUUAUCAGAGAGUGUUCAAGGCACAGACAUGGCCACCAUCACCCCAAUAAGAGUCCCUCUUCUCUCAACCAAUCUCCAAUAAUUGUUGGAGCUCACCAAGCACCCUCAUCAACACCACAUCAACAAUCAACUUCUUCCACUGCUGCCAAACCUUCUGUGAAUUUUGACUCAGUUCCUGGCACACCUCCUGAAUAUUGGAAUUUAGGUGAUGGUCCAACUGAUACAUUUGUAGAAAAUGAAGAUGAAACGCAACUUUCCAAGAGUUAUUAA